GUGUAAAAAAUGUGUGUAUGUCCCUGCUCAGCGUCGCGUCCGCGGCGCUCGGUCUGACUGCGCUCACGCCACCUCGAACCGUGGCCUUCGCGCCGCACCGCUCUCGUAUCGUCCUCCAGCAGCAGGAGCCGAAGGAGGUCUCCGAGUUGGAGGCCGCCGACCCGGCGAUGGCGGACAGCUCCUACGACCUGAGGCAGGUCGCGGACAAGCAGGGUGCGGGAGGUGGCGCCGGCUUCAACGUAGGGCUGGUGGACCCGAUUGCUUCCGCGACCGGUUUUGUAUCGCGCCGCUUCGGCCUCGCUGGUGGCCUGGCGGUCGUGGCGCUGCUGGCGGCGACAGAAGGGCGCGAGAUUGUGAACGCGCUACUCGACACGGGGCCGCAGGAGGGCGACGGGAAGCUGGUGACGACGCCCUCCGGCCUGCAGUACGCGGAGCUGCUUCUCGGCUCCGGCGACACGCCCAAGCCCGGGAACGUGGUUGGCGUGGACGCGAAGGUCUCGAUCGGUGGCAAGGUCUUGUAUGACACGUCAACAGACAAGAAGCUCGCCUUCAAGCUGGGCCAGCGGCCCUUCCAGAGCGUGGUCUGCGAUGGCGUCGAGGAGGCCCUGCGCGGCAUGCGGCCCGGCGGCAAGCGGCGCCUCCUCGUCCCCCGCUCUCUCGCACCUAAGGGGGUGGACCUGCCGGACGGGGUCCCGCUCGAGUACGAGCUGACGCUGCAGGAGGUGCUGCCCGGCUACUUUUGAGGCGGCAGCAUCCGAGACCCCUCCUCGCUGCUCUCUUCAGAUGCUGCCCUUUUGGCUGGAGCUGGUCUCACCGCUCCGCAGGCGGGCUGUGGAGGACAGUUUGGAGCCUGCAGCACGUCACCCAUUCACCCAUGUGUUGAGAUACUGGGCGGCAAGGAGCCGUGUAGUCGUUCUCGCAGGCCCUGGCCCGAGAAGGCGGCGUCGCCAUGCAGCAGGAGGAUGGGGCAGAGACGAGGAAGCACGCGCGAGCCCACAUGACUGGUCUUCGCCGCUCUCCCCCCCGCUUAGAUCUAUGUGUUUUCCAUGUACAUGAGAGCAGAUGUGUCUUU